AUUGUAUAAGUUCUUGAUUCUUCAAAAGAACAAGUUAUGUUAUAAUAUAAUUAUUAAUUAGUUAAUUUGUUUGAAUUUAUCCUAAGUUUUCGCCUCCAAAUGAAUUUAAGGAUGAUCGCUAUCAAGUAUUCCUAAUAAGGCGAGGUCAUUCAAAUAUCAUCCAGUUUUCAUUGUCUACCCACUUUUAAUAACUAUACUUCGAUCGAGAUUUUCCUUUUUAACAUUAACUUUCGUUUUUAUUUUCCUUAAAAUUUUUUUAUUGAUUUCAUUUUUUUUUUUUCGUGGAUAAUUCAACUAAAUAUUAUGUCUAAAUUACCUAAUAGAGAAAAUAAGACACCUCCUGGAGGUGUUUGUCAUGAUCUUUGGGGCGCUGAAUUCUUAGGAUCUCCAUGUCAUAAUAGGGUCUUAAAACCGCCAGGUGGCGGAAGUAGUGACAUAUUUGGUACAGCAUCAUGUGAUGAAGUUAAUCCACAUAAACGUGGUACAAAUCAGAAGAACCUCCAAAGUUCCAUUAUUUUGGGUGGUCAGUCUCCAACCAAAACUACUAAUGUAACUGAUACUACUGCAACCGAUGGAAAUUCUGAAAAAUAUGAUGGCAAUCCAAUAACUGGAGAAGGUUAUGAAGCUCCUAAGCCGGCAGCUAAUCCAACUCAGCAUGUAUCUGCACAGUCAGAACCAGCUCCAGAACAAAAAAAAGCAAGUCGUGUGCCACCAGGUGGUUACAGUUCUGGUUUAUGGUAAUAGUUGACAUCAAGUAUUCAACUAUUAUUUUGUCACAAUUUACAUUGCUUUAUAUUUGAACAAUAUAUCGAUGACUAUUGUUCUUUUCA